GGAAAAUUAAAAUCGUUCCCUUCAUUAAAAAAAAAAAAAAGACAAAAAGAAAAGGAAAAAAAAAAAACCUGUAGGCAUUGGAGUGAAUUUUAGUUUCCAUUAGAUUCAAUAUUGGCUUCCUUGAAAAAAAAUGGCGAGGAGGAAUUUCGUGAGAGAGAACGUUCCUCUCUCACGCUUCGGCGUCUUGGUAGCUCAGCUCGAGUCCAUCGUUGCUUCCGCGACGCAGAAAUCUCCCGACCCUCUCCUUUGCUUCGAUCUCCUCUCCGAUCUCCUCUCCGCCCUCGACGACGAGCCUAAGGAAUCUAUCUUGUUAUGGCAAAGAAAAUGUGAGGAUGCAUUAUAUUCCUUGCUUAUUCUUGGUGCUAAACGACCUGUGCGACAUUUGGCAUCGGUAGCAAUGGCGAGGAUAAUAUCUAAAGGAGAUAGCAUUUCAAUAUACUCAAGAGCUAGUAGUUUCCAAGGGUUUCUUUCUGAUGGGAAGCGGAGUGAGCCACAGAGAAUUGCUGGUGCUGCACAAUGCUUGGGCGAGUUAUAUCGACAUUUUGGAAGAAGAAUAACUUCGGGUUUGCUUGAAACAACUAUUAUUGCUACAAAACUCAUGAAAUUUCUUGAGGACUUUGUAAGACAAGAGGCUUUGCUCAUGCUUCAGAAUGCUUUGGAAGGCUCUGGUGGUAGUGCUGCUGCUCCAGCAUAUACCGAGGCAUUCCGUCUCAUUACAAGAUUUGCUAUUGGAGACAAAGCAUUUGUUGUUAGAAUAGCUGCAGCACGUUGUCUGAAGGCUUUUGCCAACAUAGGGGGACCUGGUCUAGGGGUUGGAGAACUUGACAGUUUAGCCUCAAAUUGCAUCAAGGCUCUUGAGGAUUCUGUAACUUCUGUUCGGGAUGCAUUCGCUGAAGCUUUGGGCUCAUUAAUUGCUCUUGGAAUGAAUCCUGAGGCACAAGUUCAACCAAGGGGAAAAGGCCCUUUUCCUCCAGUGAAGAAACUAGAAGGUGGUUUGCAGAGGCAUCUGGCUUUGCCCUUCACCAAAGCAAGUGGUGCUCGGUCAAAGGACAUUCGAGUGGGCCUAACCUUAUCUUGGGUGUUUUUUUUACAGGCAAUUCGUUUGAAGUAUCUACAUCCAGAUAUUGAGCUUCAAAAUUAUGCUUUGAACAUUAUGGACAUGCUUCGCAUGGAUACACCUUUUGAUGCCCAUGCACUGGCAUGUGUUCUCUAUAUCCUACGCGUUGGCGUAACUGAUCAGAUGACAGAACCUACUCAAAGGAGCUUUACAGUCUUCCUUGGAAAGCAGCUUCAAUCUCCAGAAGCCAGCCCUUCAAUGAAAAUUGCUGCUCUACGCACCCUGUCAUAUACUUUGAAAACUCUAGGAGAGGUUCCACAUGAAUUCAAGGAGGUGUUUGAUAACACAGUUGUUGCAGCAGUGUCUCACUUGUCCCAGCUUGUACGUGUCGAGGCUGCUCUGACGUUGCGUGCAUUAGCUGAGGUUGAUCCCACUUGUGUUGGUGGUUUGAUAUCAUAUGGAGUGACCACACUAAAUGCUUUGAGGGAAAGUGUUUCCUUUGAAAAGGGAAGCAAUUUGCAAGUUGAGCUUGAUUCUUUGCAUGGGCAAGCAAUAGUUUUGGCUGCUUUAGUUUCCAUUUCACGAAAAUUACCUCUUGGUUAUCCAGCCAGAUUGCCCAAGUCAGUUCUUGAAGUUUCAAAGAAAUUGCUGACAGAAUCUAGUAGAAAUGCUGUUACUGCCAUGGUGGAAGAAGAAGCUGGUUGGUUACUGUUAUCAUCAUUACUUUCUUCUAUGCCAAAGGAGGAGCUUGAGGAUCAGGUGUUUGAUAUUCUCUCAUUGUGGGCUGACCUUGUCAGUCACAACCCUGAAGAUGUAAUUAGACAAAGUGGAGAUCUACAAUCUAGGAUAUGUGUGUGGUCUGCAGCAAUUGAUGCACUUACAUCGUUUGUACGAUGCUUUGUUUCAUCCAAUUUGACAACUAGUGGGAUUUUACUUCAACCAGUGAUGCUAUAUCUCAAUAGGGCUUUGUCCUAUAUCUCUCUGUUGGCAGCCAAAGAACAACCAAAUAUUAAGCCUGCAAUGGACAUAUUCAUCAUCAGAACAUUAAUGGCCUACCAAUCCCUCCCUGAUCCUAUGGCCUAUAAGAGUGACCAUUCUCGGAUUAUUCAACUAUGCACAAUUCCCUAUAGAAAUGCUUCUGGAUGCGAGGAAAGCUCAUGCUUGAGGUUCCUGUUAGACAAAAGAGAUGCAUGGUUGGGCCCUUGGAUUCCUGGCAGGUGUCUGAAUUUUUUCUUUUUGGACUGGUUUGAAGAUGAACUUCGUGCAUUUCAAGGUGGAAAAGAUGGGCUCAUGCCUUGUGUAUGGGAUAAUGAAUUUUCGAGUUUUCCUCAGCCGGAGACCAUAAACAAGAUGUUGGUGAAUCAAAUGCUUCUAUGCUUUGGAAUCAUAUUUGCUGCUCAGGAUAGUGGUGGUAUGCUGUCACUUCUUGGAAUGAUGGACCAGUGUCUAAAAGCUGGGAAAAAGCAACCAUGGCAUGCUGCAAGCAUAACCAACAUAUGUGUGGGGUUACUUGCUGGGUUGAAGGCUUUGCUGGCAUUACGUCUGCACUCAUUGGAGUUAGAGAUAUUAAAUUUGGCUCAAGCUAUUUUUAAGGGUAUACUAAUGGAGGGGGACAUUUGUGCAUCACAACGUAGGGCAUCAUCAGAGGGUCUUGGUCUUUUAGCUCGCCUUGGAAAUGAUAUCUUUACAGCCAGGAUGACUCGAUUGUUGCUUGGAGAGCUAAAUGGUAUAACAGAUUCAAAUUAUGCUGGCUCAAUUGCCCUUUCCCUUGGAUGUAUUCAUCACAGUGCUGGAGGGAUGGCACUUUCAACUUUAGUGCCUACAACUGUAAGCUCAAUUUCUUUGCUGGCUAAAAGUGCAAUCCCUGGCUUACAGAUCUGGUCUUUGCAUGGACUUCUUUUGACUAUUGAAGCUGCUGGCUUGUCCUUUGUAUCUCAUGUCCAGGCAACACUUGGCCUUGCUUUGGAGAUUUUGUUGUCUGAGGAGAAUGGUAGGGUUGAUCUCCAGCAAGGUGUGGGACGCCUUAUAAAUGCAAUUGUUGCCGUUCUUGGCCCUGAGCUUGCCCCUGGUAGCAUUUUCUUUUCACGCUGCAGGUCUGUUGUUGCAGAGAUUAGUUCCUCACAAGAAAUAGCUACAUUACUUGAGAGUGUUCGUUUUACACAACAGCUUGUCCUUUUUGCUCCACUUGCUGCUUCAGUGCACUCCCAUGUCCAAACUCUUCUGCUAACUCUGUCAUCAAGACAGCCUACAUUAAGGCAUCUUGCAGUCUCCACCCUACGACAUCUCAUUGAGAAAGACCCUGUUUCUAUCAUUGAUGAACAAAUAGAAGAUAAUCUAUUUCAAAUGCUAGAUGAAGAAACUGAUUCAGAGAUAGGGAAUUUAAUCCAUGGUACAAUCAUGCGACUUCUUUAUGUAUGUUGCCCUUCACGUCCUUCUCGUUGGAUAUCAAUUUGUCGUAACAUGGUCCUUGCUAUGUCAACAAGAGCAACUGCUGAGAUUAGUUCUGCAAAUGAUUCUGUUAAUGGUGACUCAAGAUUGAAUUUUGGAGAUGAUGAUGAAAACAUGGUCUCUGACUCUAAGAACAUGUCUGUUCAAGGUCACGCAUUUGAAAUUUCUAUUGUUGGUCGUAAUAGAGAAAAGCACCUCAGAUACCGAACCAGAGUUUUCGCUGCCGAGUGCUUGAGUUAUCUACCGGAAGCUGUGGGAAAGAAUCCUGCUCAUUUUGAUCUCUCUUUAGCAAGGAUAAAAGUUGCAAAUGGACAAGCCUCUGGUGAUUGGCUAGUCCUCCAAGUUCAAGAGCUAAUAUCGGUUGCUUAUCAGAUAAGCACAAUUCAGUUUGAAAACAUGCGACCAAUUGGUGUCAGACUUCUAAGUUCUGUUGUAGACAAGUUUGAAACAGUUCCUGACCCUGAGCUUCCAGGACACGUUCUACUAGAACAGUAUCAAGCACAACUAUUAUCUGCUGUUCGCACUGCACUGGAUACAUCAUCUGGCCCUAUUCUUUUGGAGGCAGGUCUGAUGCUGGCUACUAAGAUAAUGACAAGUGGAAUAAUUAGCGGUGAUCAAGCUGCAGUAAAACGCAUAUUUUCACUAAUAUCACGUCCACUGGAUGACUUCAAGGACCUAUAUUAUCCUUCAUUUGCAGAAUGGGUCUCAUGUAAGAUCAAGGUAAGACUUCUAGCUGCUCAUGCCUCUCUCAAGUGUUAUACUUAUGCAUUCUUGAGGAGACACCAAGCUGGGGUUCCUGAUGAGUAUCUAGCAUUAUUACCAUUGUUUUCAAGAAGUUCAAGCAUUCUGGGGAAGUACUGGAUCUGGCUUUUGAAGGACUAUUGUUGUAUAUGCUUGCACUUAAAUCUCAAAAGAAAUUGGAAUUCAUUGCUUGAUGCAAUUCAAUCACUUCUGAUCUCAUCAAAGCUGCAGCCUUGUUUGGAAGAAGUUUGGCCUGUUAUUUUGCAGGCACUUGCUCUGGAUGCAGUUCCAAAGAAUGUUGAUAGGAAAGGAAACUCAGAAGCUGGCACUGAAAAUAUAUCAAUAAAUAGCUUAGUAUCUGGCUACAGUAUGGUUGAACUGGAAUCUGAAGAAUACCAGUUUCUGUGGGGCUUUGCCUUGCUUGUUCUAUUUCAGGGACAAAAUCCAGCCCUUUGUAAACAAGUUAUACCAUUAGCCUCAAGUAGAGCAAAACAUGAUGGAGAUUCUCCAGCUGAGGACAUGACUUCUCCAGGCUUGAAGUUUUAUGAAAUUGUUUUGCCAGUGUUCCAGUUUCUUUUAACUCAGAAGUUUUUCUUGGCUGGUUUUCUUACUGUGAAUAUCUGUGAAGAACUGCUCCAGGUUUUCUCUUAUUCUAUCUACAUGGAUAAUUCAUGGAACAGUCUAGCAAUAUCUGUUCUAUCCCAGAUUGUGCACAACUGCCCUGAAGAUUUCCUUGAAGCAGAAAAUUUUGCUUAUCUGGUGGUGGAACUUUGUUUGGGUUGCCUUUUUAGAGUUUUUCUCUGUGCUAGUGCAAUCUCACCUGAUCAAGCCAACUGGGAGGAUUUAAUAUCACCACUAUUUAUUGCUGCAAAGACAAUAAUGACGCGUUUUGAACCAAAAGUGCGUUUGGCGUCCUUGUUCACAUUUCUAAUGCAGAAGCAACUGAAUUUAGUAGCAUUGGCAUUUCUGAUGGUUGGUUACAAAUUCAUAAGACAAGCUUCAACUGAGCUAUCCCUAUCAAAAGUUACUGAUUUUGUGAAGAGUGUCAAUUCUUUGUUGAAGAAACUCAUCGAUGAUGCUCCUAACCUUGGUGAUGACGCCAUUGUCCACCUGAGAAAUAUUUUAUGCACUUCUCUAAAUGAGAUUGCUGGUUUGACCAAGGAUUGCAUUGCAGGCAUUCAUCUGCUGCAGAAUAAGAGAUCUGACUUACGCAAGCUAUUGCUAUUGAAGCUUGCAUUCUCUAUUGAACAGAUCAUUAUGUUGCCCAAGAUAAUGCAUGAAAUUCAAUGUCUAGAAGGCAACAAAGAUAGUGAUCCUAUCUAUUUUUCGGUGUUUAAAUUUUGCACUAAUUGUAUGCAAUCUAUACUAACUGACUCAAAUUUACAGGUACAGGCUAUUGGGUUGCAGGUGCUUAAAAGCGUGGUGCAGAAAAACAGCACUAUGGAAGGCCACAGUUACAUUAUAUUCAUUAUUGGAGAGCUGGUUGGGGAGAUUCUCACCAUAAUCCAAAACACAUUAAUGAACCCCAUGACUAAAGAAUCAGUUACUAUUGCUGGGGAGUGCUUACAAGUCCUAAUGCUUCUCCAAACAGUGUCAAAAGGGUGCGAAUCCCAGAGAGGGUUCAUGAGUCUCCUUCUGGAAACUAUUGUUAUGAUCUUCUCAGCAUCAGAGGAUAAAUGUUCUCUGGAAGUCAAUGACAUAAGAAACACUGCUGUGAGGAUUGUUUCUCGUCUUGCUCAAAUUCCAUCUUCUGCUGGUCAUCUCAAGGAUGUCUUGGUAGCAAUGCCUGAGAUGCAUAGACAGCAACUCCAGGGGGUUAUUCGUGCUUCUGUAACACAGGACCACAGUGUAGCACAACCAAAAUCCAUAGCACCAGCAUUAGAGAUUAAACUACCAGUGCCAUUGGUAGGGAGAAGAGAGGACAAUGCCCUAUCAUCAGCCACUCAAGUAAAGCUUGAACAGCUAAGUGAAACAGGAGAUUUAUCUCCAUCAGCCACCCCCAUAAGCUCCAAUAAUGAUGACAUAGAAGGUGAAGAGGAUGAAGAUGAUUGGGACACCUUCCAAUCUUUUCCGGCCUCAAAGAAUACAGCUGAAAAUGAUUCUGUAGUUGAGAAUGUUGCAAAAGAACCAGACCCUGAUGAGAACAUAUCUGCUGCUUCUGAAAUCGCUAUUGUUGACUUUCAACAAUAUUCGUCUUCAGAAAAUCCCAAUGAUAUGUAUAUAGCAAAUGCAGAGCAUCCACAGGUUGCAACUGAAAUAAUAUCUGAUGGUACAGGUGAUAGAGGAAAGACGGAGCUACUUGACGCUAUAUCAAACCCUGUUACUGACCCUCAUGAAAAUCAAGAUCAAGAAGGAGAAGAGGAACUAGUAUCGAGCUUAGAGAGUGAAGUGACAGGUGCUAUGAUUAACGACAAGGAGAAGAUAUUGUCUGAUCUUCAAGUUGUUGAAGAGGUGAAAGAAUCAUCUGUAGAGAUGGAGGACGAUAAGCAGAGAAGGGACAACCCAGUAGCGUCAACUGAACCUUGACAUAGUGAAGAUGCUGAAGGAUCAGUCGAUGUAAUCGAGGAUCAUAAGCACCGAAUGGAGAGUACUGAUAACAAAGUUGAUGCUCAAACUCCUGAAGAGCUUUCUGGUAAUGAAGCCAAAACGAAAUAGGAAGCUAAUAUGGAAGCUGGUGAAGACUGAAGGGAAUAAGAUCAAUAUUCAGGACAGUGAGAACUUGAAAUCACCUAACGGCCAAGACGAAAAUCCAAAUUUAGAAUCUGGGGAGGACAAUGAUAGAAGAUGAGUUAUUUUUUCAUGAGAAAAAAAUAAGUUUGUGUAAAUGAGUUAUGUAUGUUCGGGUGAACAACUGAUAGAUCAUAGAAAGGUUAGAAAUCACCGUAUGCGCCAUUUUUGUAUUUAAUAACUGCAUAUUUGAUCCCUUACCGAGUGAAUUUUAUUAGUUUUAUUUUCUCAUUUCCCUGGACUGACGUUUUUAGAUUUUUUUUAUUUGUUUAAUAUGAAACGAAGUUUUUGUUUUUUUGUAUUUCUUCCUUUUUGGACUGAGGGUUAGAGGAAUGUGAAUUUCUUUAGAAAAUUUUAUAUUUAUUUCACAAA